CCAACGGCAUUCCUGUAUGCAUAUACAAGUAUGGCCGACCUAGACGAGCGUCAGCCUUUGGUGGCUGACAGGGCUGACGAGAAGACCGAGAGCGACAUCGAUGAGCAGGAAUGGAACGGUUGUGGUCCAGCUAUUCUGUGUGAUCCUCGUCGCUGGCCACACAGAUUCAUCGUGCUAAUAUUCACUUGCUUUCUAAAUUUCGGAAGCUACUUUUGCUAUGACAAUCCAGCUGCGUUGCAGACUGAAAUUCAGCAAGACAUGGGUGUGUCCUACAGCAAAUAUCUAUUGCUGUACUCACUCUACUCGUGGCCUAACGUGAUUCUAUGUUUCAUCGGAGGGAUUCUCAUUGAUCGGAAGUUGGGACUUAGAUGGGGCGGAAUAGUAUUUGCUGGAUUUGUGUUGCUAGGACAGAUUCUGUUUGCACUGGGAGCAUUGUUCAAUUCAUAUUUACUGAUGGAGAUCGGUCGGUUUGUGUUUGGCAUUGGUGGUGAGUCACUGUGUGUUGCUCAAAACAAUUAUGCUGUACUCUGGUUUAAAGGCAAAGAGCUUAACAUGGUGUUUGGUUUGCAGCUAAGUUUUGCUCGCGUUGGUAGCACAGUGAAUUUUAAUAUUAUGAAACCGAUUUACAAUGCCGUAGCGAGUUUGGUCAGUCCUGGCUACAGAGUUCUCGGUCUCAGCAUGAUGGCGGGUGUGGGCAUGUGUAUCUUUUCUUUUCUAUGUGCAAUCAUUUUGGCAGUACUUGAUAAGAGAGCUGAGGUAUUGACGAAGCGAAAGAAGAUCUCGUUAGAGGAGAAGAUUACACUGUCUGAUGUGAAGAAGUUUCCUAUCACUAUUUACAUGCUCUUUAUUAUCUGUGUUGCCUACUACGUAGCUGUCUUUAUUUUUAUUGGAGUCGGAACGGUGUUUUUUACAACUAAAUAUGACUUUUCAGAUGCACAAGCGAAUGCUGUUGAUGGAAUUGUUUAUAUCUUGUCGGCUGCUUUCUCACCCAUCUUUGGAUUUUUUAUUGACAGAUUUGGGAAAAAUGUAUUUUGGGUGAUUGCUGCUGUGGUCAUUACUCUUGGUUCUCAUUCUCUUCUGGCCUUCACAUUUAUUAAUCCAUGGAUUCCAAUGGUCAUCAUGGGUGUCGGGUAUUCUAUGUUGGCAUGUGCACUAUGGCCAAUGGUAGCGUUCGUUUUGCCAGAGCAGCAGCUGGGAACUGCAUAUGGCUUCAUGCAAGCUAUUCAGAAUCUUGGUCUUGCUGUUGUGGCUAUAGUAGCCGGGAAGAUACUUGACGAAAAGGGGUAUCUUGUUUUGCUGGUUUUCUUCAUGGCUUGCUUAUGCGCGACACUACUGUCUUCUGUGCUGCUGUAUAUCUUUGAUGUUGCUCGAGGUGGUGUACUGAACUUGUCUGCUAAAGCUCGAAUUAAAUAUGAAGAAAAGAAAAAGAUCCAAAAGGAAAAGGAGGAAGAAGAGAAGAAGAAGAAGCUCCUACCACCCAAUGACAAUAUUCAAUGAUGGCAUGCAGUCAGUAAUCCAAAGUCGAUUUGUAGUGCUGGUUAAGUACGUUGUCGCAUUGUGAUGCUGAAGUACAGUUUGUAAUGUUUGUAUGGCAUAUACUUUUUUGAACAUUACUUAAAUUUGCAAGACUUUGGGACUACAUGUAUUUGUAUUUUAUGUGUAGUCAUCAGUAAUACAAGCUAGUUUGCUGUAGUUGAAUCUCAGUGUGA